AUGAAGGUUCUUCUGCUGAAGGAGGCUAACGAUGACGGCGGCCAGGAUCCCUACAUCAGGGAGUUGGGAUCACACGGACUUGAAGCCACUUUGAUCCCUGUUCUGUCAUUUGAGUUCCUGUCUCUUCCCACCUUCGCGGAGAAGCUGUCACACCCCGAAGGCUACGGAGGGCUCAUUUUCACCAGCCCCAGGGCCGUGGAAGCGGUGAAGCUGAGCCUGGAGCAGGACGGGAAGAGCGAAGUCUGGAAAAAGUCUCUGCGAGAAAAAUGGAACGCGAAGCCGGUGUAUGUGGUCGGGAACGCCACGGCUUCUCUGGUGAGUAAGCUGGGCCUGGACGCCGAAGGGGCGAGCAGCGGGAACGCGGAGCGGCUGGCGGAGUGGAUCUGCUCCGGGAUCCCCAUGGAAAGCAUCGUGGUCUACCAGAAGGUCCCCCACCCGGGAAUCCAAAGGAACCUGGACAGCUACUACUCCGAGCAGGGCAUCCCGGCCAGCAUCACGUUUUUCAGCCCCUCUGGCCUCACGUACAGCCUCGGGCACAUUCGGGAGCUGUCUGGGAGCAGCAUCGAUCGGAUCAAGUUCGCAGCCAUCGGCCCCACCACCGCGCGCGCCCUGGCCGCCCAGGGCCUGCCCGUGAGCUGCACCGCCGAGAGCCCCACGCCCAGAGCCCUGGCCGCGGGCAUCCGGACGGCCCUCCAGCCCCACAGCUGCUGA